AUGUCUGUUACGCAAUUUCUCGAUGAAAAAUAUCAGAUUAAACUGAAACAUCCACGUUUACCAACACUUGAAUGUGUAAAUAAAGGUGCACAAAAUUCUUCUUAUAUACCGAUUGAACUAUGCUUCGUGGAAGAGUGGCAAAUUGUUGAUCGAUCAUUGAUGUCAACGGAACAAAACGCCGAAAAAUCGAAACGUUCGAUUCUAUUGCCUGAAGUUCGAUUCAAUAAAACCAUGACAAUUGCUGCGGAGAGAAAUUUUAACAAUGAUCCGUAUUUGAAACAUCUAUCGAUGACUAUUGAUACGAGUGAAAUGGUCCAAGUCAAAGGACGCGUACUUGAGCCACCGAAUAUUGUUUAUCGAAACAAUCGAAUCGUUUCGGUAACCAUUGGCAAAUGGCUAAUGAAGGGAAAUUUGUUACAGCAAACAACACGUGUUCAUAAGUGGGAGAUGAUUUUAGUCAAAGAUGGAAAACGAGAACCAGGACAUAUGGAUAUGCAAAAAUUGGAUGAAUUUUGUAAUAUGUUACCAGAGACAACACGUCGUUAUGGCAUUCAAAUGAACCCUCGUUUUGACACGAAAAUCAUCUCUCCUCAUCAAAUUCGGCAAUGUAUCUAUGAUCUACAUGCCAACGGUGGAGAAUUCGGUUUAUUUGUUUUGAUUGGUGAUUGUCCAGAAUCCUAUCAAACGAUAAAGCGAUGUGCCUUACAAGAAUUCGGCAUUAUCACUCUUUGCUGUGAUUUGGGUUCUAUUCGAAAACAAAACAAUCCUGGCAAACUCAACGCUUAUAUUGAAAAUAUUGCUCAAAAAAUGAACGCACGUUUAGGUGGAAUCAAUUCCACAGUUUCAUUUAAGAAGAUAUUCGUUGACCAACCGAAAACCAAUGGUGAUGUUUUCAUGUUUAUUGGUGCGGAUGUUUCUCAUGUCGUUGUCUCGGAACGUAAACCCUCGAUUGCUGCUGUUGUUGCAAGUGUAUCUCCAACAUCAACGCAAUAUAUAUGCCGAUCCAGUGAACAACGUCCAUUGAAAGAUAAAAAAUACUCGUUAGAAGUUAUUAAGGAUUUUCAACCAAUGACACGUGAUCUUUUACAUGUAUUUGUUCAAACAAAUAAACAGUAUCCAACAAAGAUUGUGGUUUAUCGUGAUGGAGUAGAUGAAGGACAUUUUCAAAAACUUCUAGACAAUGAAGUGCAAGCGUUGAAAAAUGCUUGUAUAGAAGUCUAUGGCAAUCGUCCACUACCGAAGAUAACAUUUGUUGUCAUUAAAAAAUCGCAUAAUACUCGAUUUUUCGCUCCAAAUGGUCAACGAAUAACAAAUAUGGCUGCCGGAACAGUUAUCGAUACAACUAUCGUACACCCACGUCAAUUUGAUUUUUAUCUGAACUCGCAUGCUGGUGCACUGGGUACAAAUGUUUGCUCUUAUUAUCAUGUUUUAUACAAUGAAAUUGAAUUUACUAGCGAUGAAUUACAACAACUGACAUUUUGGCUCUGUCAUACGGAUGUCCGAUGUACAAAAGCAGUUAAAUGUCCAGCAGCUGCUCGCUAUGCCCAUACAGUUGCGUACCAUUCGCGAUACUUCGAAAAAGAACCAUAUCAAUCAUCAUCAUCAUCAUCAUCGCAGCACCAAUCAAAUCGUGAUACUUCUGGACAAGAUGAAGAUGAUCUUACACUCGAAGAUAUUAAAAGCGCUCAAAAGUUAUUGGUAAAGAAUCUCUCACCAAUGAAUAACGCGGAAGAACGCCGAACGGAUUUACGUAUUUUGAUCUCCUCAUCACUUUCUUAUUUCUCACCAUUGGCACAUCGAUUUGCAUGCAAGAGAAAAAGACAAAUGUAA